AUGGAUAAGAACGGCUCUUUAUAUGUUCAAUACAAAGUGGACAAUAACGCAUCAUCGUUUGAUGAGAUUGCCAAAAAAGCAUUCAUCUCGUUGCACUCCGAGCCAUAUAUCGAACCACCGCUGUUAACACUUGACCAAAAACGCCUGAAAUGGCUGCAGCGGUAUAUGCGGAAGCAAAUAAAGUUUGAAAAAAAAGGCAAGAAAAUCGUUUCCUCGCCUAAGGAAGCACUGCAUCAGGUGAAUCGGGAGGUCAAUCUCGGCAGGUUAGACGAUUCGAGACCCACCGCACACUGCGAAGGACAAAUUUUUAAGCAGCGAAUUCGCAUGGAUGGUUGCUUGUCAAAGGUUUGUUCUAACUAG